AACGUUUUCUUGAGCAGUUUCUCACUGCAUCACACAUGUUUCCAAGACCAUGAGCGAUGAUGUUUUCCUAUGUCUUUUCGACAGCAUCCUCCUUGUUUCAUUUCCGGGCCACAGACAAUGUACCUAUCCACCCAAAACAUAUCGCGUGGUCAUCACAAGCAUAUCCAUCAGCACAAAAACAAAAAUCUUGCGACACUCUAAAAUCCUCGCCGAGUAGCGAUAGAUUUUACACCCAAGAAAUGCUUCAAGUACUUUCCAGCGACGACUUGUAUUGCAUUCUAGGUGUUUCUAGGUCCCCAACAAUCGACAAAGUGACCAUAAGACGCGCCUAUCUUUCUCGAAGCAGGGCUUGCCACCCAGACAAAUUUCCCGGAAAUCCCGACGCGACGUCUGCCUUCCAAAAAGUCUCCGUUGCAUACGAUGUCCUCAGCAAUCCAACCUCGAAACGCACUUACGACUCCCGUCCUGCACACUCACACCCCAAUUAUGACUUCUUUGCCCAGUCCUCGCCCCAUGCAGACGAAACAUUGAAAGGCGUCCUCUUGAGCGUAUUCAGUGAAUUUCUUGAAGGCGAUUUCGAGAUGAUACGCACAUUGCUCAGGGCUAUUGGUGACCUAAACCCAUCACUUGAAUUGGGUGACGACGGUAUAAACUCUGUUCUUUCGGUCCUCCUGACUGUUCGCGAACGCGUCUUGACCUGUCGCGCCUGCGUCGUUGCCCUCCAUGGCGAGCUCUGUCGCGCCCUCGAGAUACAAAGCGCUUUCCGCCAGCUUCCCUACUUCGAUAUCGCCGGCAGAUCCCGGCUCACUAUCCAACUCACACGCAUUACUAUCUUCUUACCUGUCACUCUCGAAAAUGCCAUGCAGGCUCAGUACACCAAUCCCACCUCUGCUCAUCCUACCCACCACGACCGUGACAAGGAUGACACAAAUAAAUUCGCACUUUUGCCCCGGCGUGUCGUUCUUCUCAUCAGGGGCAUCGACGUGGUUCUGGACCGCAUGGAACGGAUUCUCGGAUAGACUUUGCAUUCUGCAAACACUAUUUUACUGACAGUUAUAUCUGCGUGUUUCAUCUUUUUUUUGAUAUUGUAUCCGAAAGGUGACCAUCCCUUUCUCCCCGCUGAUCUGCGCAUAGACUACUUCUAUAGAACACGCCUGACGUUCCGCCCCAUGUAUGUACUCAUACCACAUGCCAUUAAUAUUGAAAUGAUCAAACCAA